UACUUCUCUGAAUCGAUAUCAUGGAAUCCGAAUUGGAUGUCAUCGACUCGUUGAAUGCCCUCUCGUAUCAAGGAAAGUGCCUGCAAAAUGAUGAACUGACACGAGCCCUGGAGGGUGGUACACGCAGUCCCGAAUUUCGUGAAGUGGUUGCAUGGCUGGCCCAAGAAUUGCACAUAUUGCGAAAAACCGAUGAAUCAGUGAGUAAAGACUGUGAUGAUCCCAGUGAAUUUGCCAUGGAGCUGUCGGCUAUGUUGAAGGAGUUGAGUUGUCCCUAUAGUUUCUUUGUUACCGGCCCAUUGUCGGAUAGAUUCGAGAGCCGGGAACAUCGAUUGCAGCUGCUGGACUAUCUGAUAACAGAACUGAUGGCCACAAAGAUGUACAUGAAAUUGAAACCAGCCGAACAGGCUUAUGUUAUACCCAAAACGGAGACCAACACGGCAAAGGCUUUGGAACAAAUGACUAAAGAUUUGGGUUUGGGUAAACCGCCAGAGAACAUCACGGCCAAGGCCUUUUUCGAUAAGUUAAACUUUAAGGUGGAAGAGGUGAUGCGAAUGAUGAAACCCGGUGUGGUAAAUGAACCAUUGUUUAGAAAUACCAAGUCGCUGACAGAUAAACAAUGGGAACAGUUGGAGGAAAUUCAUCGUGAUUUGGAUGCGGAAUACAACUUGAGAAGGCAAAUGUUAUUGACCCGUCUCGAUGUGACAAUACAGAGUUUCCUGUGGUCGGAUAAAAUGAAAUCUCGCGAAAAGGAAAUCGAUGAGAAAUUCCAAAAUAAAUUAAUGGAAUUGGAGCGCUAUAAAUAUGGUGGUAUGGAGACUGAUAUUGCGGCGUUAUUGGCGGCUCGAGCCGAUUUGGCGAUAAUUGAGAAAACAAGCUCUGCAAAUGUUCGCAAAAAUACUGGAUCUAAGAUACAUAAACAUGUUAUUGGUAAAGUGCCAGAUCGUGGUGGCAGAGCCCAUGAACAUGCCCCACCACCACCAGAAAUGCCAUCGUGGCAACAGCAGCGUUCCUCGGGGCCACAAGGAGGUGGUGGCGGCGGUAACUUCCGUGGUGGUAGAGGUGGCGGCGGUGGAGGUCGCGGUGGCCAAGGUGGUGGUCGUGGAGGUCAAGGUGGUGGUGGCGGCGGCGGUGGUCAUUGGCAACAGUAUACCUCCCAGCCGCAAAGACAACCCUAUCAACAGAAUCAGAAUCAACAACACAACCAGUAUCAGUCACAACCUCAUCAGCAGCAACAACAACAAAAUUGGGUUCACGGUAGUGGCCGUGUCCAGGGCUCUGGCUGGUCUCAGGGUGGCGGCGGUGGCGGUAAUGACAAUUAUCGUGGUGGAGGAGACUACCGGGGAGGUGAUAAUUACAAUAGAGGCGGUGGUGAUAAUUAUAACAGAGGUGGCGGCGGUGGCCAUCGUGGACAUUCGAAUUAUAACCGUGGCGGAAGACGUUAA